CCGGGAGGGCGGGUCCGAGCCCAGAAGAGAAAGCGGGGCAGAGGCUGGCGGGUCAUGCCCUGGUCGCCACGCGCCGCUCUCUUCUGGGACCUGGUCUUGGGCGUAUUGGGCGCCCUCGCCUUCCUGAUCGACCUGGGCGCCGACCUGUGGGCCGCGAGCCAGUAUGUGCUCAGCGGUCGCUACCUGUGGGCCGCGCUAGUGCUGGCGCUGUUGGGCCUCGCCUCAGUCGCGCUGCAGCUCUUCAGCUGGGUCUGGCUGCGCGCCGACCUCUCCAGCCCGCACGCGCCGAAGCCCCCAGGCCACUGCCUGGCGCUGUUGCAUGUCCUGCAGCUGGGCUACCUAUACAGGUGCGUGCAGGGGCUGCGGCAGGGGCUGCUGGUGUGGCGGCAGGACGUGCCCUCCCAGUUCGACUUGGCCUAUGCUGACUUCCUCUCCCUGGACAUCAGCAUGCUGCGGCUCUUUGAGACCUUCCUGGAGAUGACGCCGCAGCUCACACUGGUGCUGGCCAUCAUGCUGCAGAGCGGCAGCGCCGAGUACUACCAGUGGGUCAGCAUCUGCACGUCCUUUGUGGGUAUCUCGUGGGCACUGCUUGACUACCACCGGGCCCUGCGCACCUGCCUCUCCUCCAAGCCCCUCCUGGGGCUGGGUGCCUCCGUGAUCUACUUCCUGUGGAACCUGCUGCUGCUGUGGCCCCGAGUCCUGGUCGUGGCCCUGUUCUCAGCCCUCUUCCCCCGCUAUGUGGCCCUGCACUUCUUGGGCCUGUGGCUGGUGCUGCUGUUCUGGGUCUGGCUUCAGGGCACGGACUUUAUGCCAGAUCCUUGCUCCGAGUGGCUGUACCGGGCAACGGUGGCCACCAUCCUUUAUUUCUCCUGGUUCAACGUGGCUGAGGGCCGAACCCGAGGCCGUGCUACCAUCCACCUGGCGUUCCUCCUGAAUGAUAGCCUUCUGCUGGUGGUCGCCUGGGUGACUCAGAGCACCUGGCUGCCCGGCGGGUGCCUGCUGCAGAGGCUGCUGCCUGCGGCCGGCGCCUGCUUCCUCCUGGGGCUGGCUCUGCGGCUGGUCUACUACCGCUGGCUGCACCCCAGCCGCCGCUGGGAGCCUGACCAGGUGGACGGGACCUGGGGUCUGCGCUCCCUCGAGGGGCGUCAGCUGCCUCAGAACAGGCGCAUGGCCCAUUUGGCUAAGAACUUUUUCCCCAAAGGUAGGGAUGAGACUGCUUUGCCAUGGAAGGGAGAGGUGAAUGGUGUCCUUUGAGGCAGGGUCAGACCCAGCCAGGGGACUGAAUGGAAUCAGUUGGUAGAAUGUAGAAGAUAAGCUGCUUAUGCUGCUAUGGGCCUUGAUUCACUCAACGAGCACUUGAUGCCUGAUCUGUGCCAGGCGCUGGAGACCAGAGGUGAGUAAGACAGAGGCCUGCCCUCAAGGAUGAGAACAAGAUGAGAAGGGCUGGGCCCUGGAGGGUCAAGGGCCCCAAUUAUGUAUGAAACACUUUGGGAGGAAAGAAGAGACCCCCCUCUUCCCUUACCCCCAAACAAGUAUAACCCCAAAGCAUCCCAGUGUUGGUAUUUUUACCUCCCUGGCUACCUCUAAAAUAAUUGGUGGAGCUGUUGUCCCACCACUGGUUCCCCUAUCCUGGGCUGGAAGGCCCCAGGACCUCCAGGAUGUGUUCUGGAAUUCUUCCUCCCCUGCCCCACCCCAGUCAUUCCAUUCAUUCAGCAAAUGUUUACCGAGGGCCUUUUAUGUGCCAGAAGCAUCAUUCUAGCCUUGGCAGAUCAGCUGCCAUUCCAGCUUCACCUCUUACCCUCUCCAGCUGCUCCGGAACAGGCUCUCAGGCUGGAAGCCAGGGAUGCCUGACUGCCUGGCAGCCCUGGCAGCCCCUCCAAGGCCUUAGGGCAGCUGGCCUGGCCUCUGCCCCUGCUCUCUAGGGGUGACCUUUCAACCAAGUGCCUUGUGAACCUGUGGUCUGGGCCAUGGCUCAGCCCGCUGAGUAUGUUUUUGUGCUUCAGGCAGUGUACUUUCUACCUCAGUCUGUGUGGGCGUAAGAGGUGUGUGUAUCUGCGUCUCUGUAAGCGAGAGACACGUGUGUUGUCUUUGUUGAACAGUAUUAUUAGAUUAUUAUUAAAACCUCAUGAAAUCCCCUAGCCUAGUUGUGUCAUUAAAUCCACCGCCAAGUUCAAAGCCGCCUGGAAAAAAGGGGUCAGGGAUGCAAAGUCCUCUCAAAGUCGGUAAAGACCCUGGGACCAGAGAAGAGGGCUGGCUUAGGCAAGACUUC